CAUAUAAAGAGGAUGAGCUGCUCUAGAACAAUAUCUUGAAAAAAUAAUCUACUGCAUGUUUACACCAUUUAUCUCCUCUUAUUCUUCUUCCAUUUCUAAUACCUUGCUGCUGAUUCUCUUUCUAUAUACGCUUAUUGAGAAGGAUGUCGGAUAACUGGGAAUACAUCUAUGUACGGACAUCAUCAGCAGAGAUGCCGGUGUUUUAUGCAACGAUGGGGAUGUGUUUGCUGAACGUACCGGUUGUUGGAUAUGCGAUAUACAACCGCAACUACUUGCCAAUAAAGAGCAAGAAUGUCUGGAUUUCAGCAGGGAUGGGACUCGGCAUGACGAUGUUUUGCGUUUCGUUCAAUAUUAUCAGUGGGAUGAUGGGGUUUGAAGGAGCGCUUGGUAUGUGUCGGUUCUGGACAACAUGGAUGAUGACUGUGUUUGGGUUGGCACUAUUCCAGAGCCUGAUAAAUAUGCGCCUAAUCGUAUACUACCGUGUAUUUAUCACACAGCAGACACACAGCUACAAGCAGUUUACGAUCCGAAAGUUCCUGCGGAGGUACUGGCCGUUCUUUGCCAUGUGGUUACCAAUGGUGAUUACUGCGAUCGUUGCAUUUAUUCUACCAGCACGGCUCACGGUGGAACUUGUGGUGGAUCACGGGCUCAACGCAUGCCACAACAACUUUAGCUUCCUUUACUUUAUUAUUGCGUACAUUGUCGCGCAGGACAUUGUCGCGUGGGUUCUGUAUUUCCGGAUGCGAUCGGUGGCAAAGGCAUUCAACGAGUUCAAACUUGCGCUGGGGACAAUUGUAUUAUUUACUGCAUUUGUGGUACUUAUCACGGCGCUCAUGCUUUCGCAGGCUCUCGUAUAUUCAUGGGGGCGCAUAUUAAUUGCUUUUUCCAACGCAAUACUGCUGAAUUCGUACUUCCUCCUGAUCUUGUGCCCCCCGAUCUAUGGACACAUGUUCAACCGCGAGGAAUGUAUGCGACGGUUCAUGGAUGAAAUGCAUCAAGAUGGGAUUGUUGCACAGCAGGCACGCAUCGGAAACGCACACAAGCAGCUGUACGGUAUAGAAGAGGGCACAGACUCGUACCUUAAGCAGUCUAACGCAAGCGAAGGUGUACACGCAACAUAUGGCCAAAUGCUUAGUAAUGGAAGACAUGCAGAAAGUGGAGACAGCACCAUCCAGUAUUCUGCAUAUAUGCAACAGCUGACAAGCGUCAGCUCCACAAGCAUUAACACAUCCAGACCCGAUGGCCAAAGCCGAUAUAUUCUUUAA